UUCCCGCAGAGAGGCGAGAAGAUGGCGGCCGUGUCAAGCGGAGGUGCUGCUGGGUCCGCUGCGGCCGGGAUUACGCACUCUGCCCGACCGACCCACGCAGGCAUGGGCUCCCAAAACCGAGCCCAGCCAUCCUCCGGGAUCAGCCACUCCGGUCGUACCACCACGGCCACCGGGUGCAUCACAAAUCCCGUCCACACUUCGGCCACCAGGCCCCCCCCAGCCCGAGUGGGCCACUACGAAAUCGAGCGGACCAUCGGCAAGGGAAAUUUCGCGGUUGUUAAACUAGCCACACACAUCAUUACUAAAGCAAAGGUGGCUAUAAAAAUAGUGGAUAAGACCCAGCUGGACGAUGAGAACCUGAAAAAGAUCUUCAGAGAGGUGCAAAUCAUGAAGUUGCUGAAGCACCCCCACAUCAUCCGCCUCUACCAGGUGAUGGAGACGGAGAGGAUGAUCUAUCUGGUAACGGAGUACGCUAGUGGUGGAGAGAUAUUCGACCACCUGGUGGCUCAUGGGCGUAUGGCAGAAAAGGACGCCAGGAAGAAGUUCAAGCAGAUUGUGGCAGCAGUCCAUUUCUGUCACUGCCGCAACAUCGUCCACAGAGACCUGAAGGCUGAGAAUCUGCUACUGGACCACAAUUUAAACAUCAAAAUCGCAGAUUUUGGCUUCAGCAACCUGUUUUCUCGAGGCCAGCUGUUGAAGACGUGGUGUGGCAGCCCUCCCUAUGCCGCACCAGAACUUUUUGAGGGCAAGGAGUAUGAUGGACCUAAAGUAGAUAUAUGGAGCUUAGGUGUGGUGUUAUACGUGCUGGUGUGUGGCGCACUGCCCUUUGAUGGCAGCACUCUACAAAAUCUGCGGGCGCGUGUCCUCAGUGGAAAGUUCCGCAUCCCUUUCUUCAUGUCCACAGACUGUGAGUACUUGAUCAGACACAUGUUGGUGCUGGAGCCCAGCAGACGGUUGACUAUGGAGCAGAUCUGUAAGAACAAGUGGAUGAGACAAGGAGACCCAGACCCAGACUUCGACAGGUUGAUAGCAGAGUGCGAGCAAGUGAAGACGGAAAGGGAAAUAGAGCUUAUCAAUGAGCAGGUGCUCAUAGCCAUGUCUGAGAUGGGCUUGGACCGAGAGCGCACACUUCAGUCCCUACAAACAGACGCAUAUGAUCACUACAGUGCCAUCUACAGUCUGCUGGCUGACCGCCUCAAGAAACACAAGACCCUGCGUGUUGCCCCACCCACACCGCGCUCCAUUAGCUAUCCUCUAAACGCUGUACAGCAGACAGACCCACAAGGUAAUCCCGUUAGCAUGACCGUUCCCCAUGUCCAGCUCAUCAACCCAGAGAACCAGAUUGUUGAGCCCGAUGGCAGCAUGGCCCUGGACAGUGAUGAAGGAGAAGAGCCAUCUCCCGAGGCCAUGGCUCGCUACCUUUCAAUGAGGCGGCACACUGUAGGGGUACCAGACCAAAGGACGGAGAUGCAAGAGGACCUCCAGAAACUGCCUCCGGGUUUCCCUCGUGGUGCGUUGCCCCAGCCCCCCUUCACCCCACUUGCCCCUACUAUUGGCCAAAUGCACACACUUAUGCCCACACAGAGCUUGCAGCCCACUCAGCAGCUGGAGUACAAGGAGCAAUCGUUGCUACAGCCACCUACCCUGCAGCUGCUCAACGGCAUGGGGCCUCUGGGCCGAAGAGCUUCCGAUGGUGGGGCCAACAUUCAACUACACGCUCAGCUCCUAAAGAGGCCCCGAGGGCCCUCGCCACUAGUCGCCAGCCCGCAUCCUAUUCCUGCAGUAGCUCCGGUGGAUGAGGAGGGUUCAGAUGGAGAGCCAGACCAAGAGGCAGUACAGAGGUACCUGGCGAACCGCUCCAAGCGGCACACGACGCACGCGCUCACGAGCACAUCGCAUGGCGAGCCCUCGGCAGAGUCACAGCGGGCCCAGGGCCCCCGCCAGAGGGUGGGCUGGGCCCCCGACACACACACCCGAUCCAGCUAUAAGGACUGUAACACCCUUCAUCUCCCUAUGGAGCGCUUCUCACCUGUCAGGCGGUUCUCUGACGGUGCCGCCACCAUCCAGGCCUUCAAGGCUCAUCUAGAGAACAGCAGCCUCAUUAAGCAACUCAAGCAGGAGUGUGAGCAGCUCCAGAAAAUGUACGCUGCCCAGCAGGAUGAGCGAUUCCUGGAGCACACCCAGCAACAGCAUAUCCUCUACCAGCAAGAGCAACAAAUCCUCCACCAGCAAAUCCAGGGUCUUUCUUUAGGCCAUGGAGAGAGCCAGCCCAGUCAUCUAACCCACCAGCUCCAGAGGUUGCGUAUCCAGCCCUCCAGCCCUCCGCCAACACAUCCCAGCAACCACCUCUUCAGACAGCCCAAUCAGAGUCCUCCGCCUGGCUCUGCAGGCAUAAUGCAAGGGCAUGGAGGUCAGUCAUCAGUGCAGUACCAGCACGGUGCUCCAGCAAUGUACCAGGGCCAGAGUGGCAGCCCACCUCCCACUGGCCUGCCUCGAGUGUCUCUGCCAACCAAUCCACAAGCAGCAUCUGCCCGCCCCACUGUCCCAUUGGCACAGGGUGUACCUCAACAACAGCAGGUGACUAUUCAGGUGCAGGAAGUGGAGCUUGGAGGUGGGGCACAGAGACAGGGCAGCUUUUUGUCCACACCAGGAGGACACAGAGUCCUUGGGAAGCAGCUCAGCGCCGACAACGCCGAGACGCACAGUCGCAGCCUUGGCCGCUUUACAUCGGGCUACGAUCAGGCCCAGUUCAAUCCCCAUCUGUUCUCUGGUGACGCUGCUUCCCGGGGCACCUCUGGAGUGGUCGGCUCCUACAGUCCCUACCUGCAGGGAGCCUCGCUUAAAGUCCCCGGCCUGGAGGGUUACCAGAGUGGGGCGGUGGGCACCAGCAGCUAUGGCGCUCCCUCUACACUACAGCAGGCCCUGCUCUCCCCAACUCCUUUGGACUACCGCCCCCCGCAACAGCACGUCACUCCCACCCUACAGGGCCUCCUGUCUCCCCGCCACUCUUUAACAGGCCAUGCCGAUCCCAGGUUGCCGCCCCAAGACCUGGCUGCCCUGUUGAAGAGACAGAGCCCCCGGCCAUGCCCAGCACCCCCUACACCACCCAGCGGUGCCCCGCAAGAGUUUGGAGAUAUGCUGCUUCUCCGCCAGCUGAGCCAAGGGGAGAGCUUGGAGCCACCAGCGCCUCAAGGUGCCUCUGGAGGGCAACACUACCACCACCUCCUCCAAAUCCGACCCCCGGAGGUUCAGCCGCAGCAGCACCCGCCCCAGGCACCUUGCCCCAGCUUACCUCACUCAGAGAGCAUGGAGGAGGAUGAGGUUCCCGCUGGCUACCACCACCCGCACGAGGGGCUUCUGGCCAAGGCAGGAGAAGGACACGAGCUCCUGGGGCCUCCUCGAGGAGGCACUCCACCCUACAGCUCCCCCACACACAGGCAUGCUGGCUACAUCAGGACUGCCCCAGCAACUAGAGAAUCUGAGCAUGUGGAGUGCAGGCCUCCAGGACAGGCCAUGGAGGUGCCUGACCAUAAUGGUGUUGGCUAUUCGCGAGGUCCCCAGGGGGAAGCCUAUAGAUCCAGAGGACAGCUACAGCGCCACCACACCAUCCAGACCUGUGAUGAUGCCUAUGAUCAGGCAGAGCCCAUGUCUGGGAUGAGCCUGUUGGCUGGGAAGGCCCUAAGCUCUGCACGCAUGUCCGACAUUCUCAGCCAGACGUCACUGACGGGAAGCCAGCAGUUGCACCAGCGGGAAGAGUCAGUGUGUGAUGUCGAGGGGGAGCUCCAUGCGGCCGCCUGCUACCCCUCCUCCUGCACCAGUGACAUGCUCCUCAGCUACAAGCCCCCUGACCUGCAGUACAGCAUGGAGCAGGCUGGGGUCUAGCACAGGAACGGGUGUAUCCUGUGUACAUCGGUCCAUAUCAGCCAUCCUGAGUUGUGUUGACUUGAGUUGAGCAGCAUCACGCCAAACCACCGUCGUCUGCCCAAGCAGGGGCACUCUCUGUCCAUCUGUCUGUCUCCAUCUGUCCCUGGGAGGGCAGUCUGCGCGAGAGAGGGGGAGUGUGGGUGGGUGUAGACUUUAGAGGGGAUGGGGGUCACAGGUGGGACCUCGGAGCUUCAAAGGUCAAAGUGCCAGCAUUUUCUGCACAGACAUCCGGCGCUCAUUGUCGCAGGUUGUCUCGUCUUUUCACCUCCCAUCGCGGGUAGACUGGGGUUCCACUCCUCCCUCUUUCGACUCGACCCCCCUCACCUCCUCCCUCUGCAAACCCGGACCACCCCUCCCACCCCCACUCCCACCUGCAGCCCUGACCUAAACCUCCCCUUCUCACCCUAACUGUUGGCAUACUUCAUUACGUGCCUGACUGGCCAAUGCAUUGAUACAGUAAUACUUGCAAGAACAUGGAGUCCAACGACGCAAAGAAACAUACACACUGCUGCCGCAAACCCAAAGUAUUCACAUUAGGUGUGAGUGUGUAUGCGUGACUGUGUGCGUGACUGAGAAGAAAGGAGUGAGCCAAGGGGGAAUGGUGUCUAUGGAGUUCAGUCUGCUCCUCCCUCUCUCCCCCCUCCUGCUGUCCUGCAGCAGAUCAUUCCGGAGCGGGCUGAAAUCUCAGCAGCGGUGGCGCCUUUCGGGCCGGGUGGCGGGUGUUUUGGGUCAGGCUCCAACCGAGCAACAAAACCGCUCUAUCCAAAGAUGGAGCUCAGUGACAUCGCACAGGACAAACCAGCUCUCUUUUUUCUUUUUUUUUUCUUUUGCUCUGGCAUUCAUUUUCUUUCUUUUGUUUUUGUUUUAUUUUAAAAUUCAUUUUUAUGGCUAAUGUCCAUGUAGGCAUUAUGGUCAAUAUUGUUACUCUUAUUGUUAUUACUGUUUUCUGUAAAAGAAGUUUUAUUAUAAUGAAUAUUAUUAUUAUUAUUAUUAAAGGAAAACAGUUCUGUGUUGCAAGGAAGACAACAUUCUUGUUAAAUUACUUAAGUAAUUCUGCACUUUCGGUUCAAGCUAUCCUCCGUCUGUUUCCAACCCUCCUCGCAGUUCCUUGCUCUCUUCCACACUGUUUCCCUGCUUUCCAUUUCCACCCUUCCCAUCUCCUCCAACCCUAAACUUCCCUAUCUUGUGUUCUUCAUCCUCCUUUCCCAUGUCAGUGACAGUGUAUUGCAUUGUGGGUAGUUAUACCAGACAUUUGCUCCUUUCCUUGUACAGUGAUGCCAUGUAUAGAACGCUAUUGCAAUUUCUGUAUCAUUUUUUUUUUCUUUUGGUUCUGUUUUUGUUUUUAGAUGUUGUUGGGGAGGCUUUUUUAUAUUGGUAUUGUUUAUCAUUUGUAUUUUUGGAUGUCUUCGAAAUGUUUUCAUUUUCGUUUUAUGAAUCUUGAGAUUUCUAGCCAAAAGAGGACAGAGAGAAGAGAGACUGCUCUUUCUGUGUCGUAAAAACGAUUGUUCUUAUUUGUUUUAAUAUUAUUAUAUCAAGACACUUGAAUAAGAGGAGAGUAAUUAUUUUGUGUUGCUUUUUAAAGUAUCAUUUCAAUUGAUGUUGUUGUGACUGUCAUUCUUGUUGAUGUUGGGCCUGUUUUCUGUUACUGGGGUAGUUGUGGCAGGCUAUACAGGGUCAGGCUUUGGGCUUUGUCUGGGUUGGUUUGGGUGCUACAGAGACUUGACACUCUAAAAAACAAACAAAAAAAAAGACAAAAAACGAGGGAAUAACUUGUAAAAUAGCUGACAUAUCAUCCUAAACAUCACAAGUGUGGAGACGGACAAACCCACCUCUUUUUCUCCCUCUUGCUGCCCUACCUGUCUGCUGUGAUCCUCCCACCAUCUUUUACUACAUCGGCUUCUGAUCUGAUGGCGCCUUACGGACAUGGCCCCCUCCUCCCAAGCUAUCCUUGUUACUAUGACAACCAAGGAGGAACCUACACCUUCAGCUACCCCCUCUCCUUUCUUUUGGUUUUCUUUUAACUUAUCUGCCUCGUUUUGUUGAGUGGAAGAUGGGAGGAGGCGAUGGCUGCAUUUCAUGAACAGUUUAAGGAUCCUGUCAUGGUUGGAUACACCUGGACACACCUCCAAACUGUAAAAGGGAAACAUUUCAGGAGGUGACCAUAGGAAUGGAUUAUUUGAAUCCUUCAACAACAAAGGAAUACAAGGUUGUGGUCAGAGCAGGGCAGGUUUGUGCCCGUCUUAAACAUGUUUCCCAAGGUCUGUGCCCUCUGCUGAAUCACACAGCACAGUCAGAUGGAGGCUACAGCACACUGGGGACCACAGUAGAGGACUGAACCUCCCUUUUUCUUCCAGUUUUUUUUUUUUUUUUUUAAAUUUACUUUAUUGUUCAACCUCUAUCUAUCCUCCCAUAUACAAUACUCCUGGAUAUUGAAUCAAUAAUGGGCCAGCUAAAGACUAUGGUGCAAAGAAUAAAGCUCCACUUGUAUGUGUUUAUAAAGGUCAGAUACCACAAUACCUGGAUGCACGGUCGACAUACUGUAUGCUAUAUACACCUGAGAGCUGCAGAUGGUGUCAUGCAGCACUUGUGCUUUCCAUUUGCAGCAUGUCACAUCCUGUUUACCAACAUUCACUCUCGUUCAGACUCAUUGUGGUGAGUUUUUUUGUUUUUUGCAGUAAAUUGGAAUCUCUCAAACAAGAGUUUGUAUCGGGGUAAAUAGUGACAGUGGGCUUUGAUCUGAUGUGUUCUCUGCUCCAUCUCUUCCAUUCUAACUCAGUUCUCCCUCUGGUUCUCAUUCAUUCCUCUUUCAGAUCUGUCUCCCUGUUGUUGUUUUUCCUCAAGCCAAAACCAAGAACUGAAAGAGAAAGGAUUGAGGACUUGUCAGGUAUAAUGGAGGGAAAUGAUUGGAAUGGAAGACAUUGUAAGCCUGUUGUCCCACAGCAGUACAAGGCUCCACCUUGUCUACUGUAAUGUGACCAGUGCCACAGUUAUUUCAGAUAUAUGUGUGUGGAGGGGGGAGCAGAUCGACACAAGAAGGGACGGCUGAAGGGAAUGGAAAGCACUGCACAUGAUUCAGAAGUAAUAGAGCUGCUUCACACACAUCUUCUGCCUGAUCAGAUUGACCCCCUUUCCCUCCCUAUUUUUUCUGUCUUAACUCUUCUAUCCCUGACUUCUGUCUUUUCUCUCCAUCCCAGCAAGCCAGCUCUCUGCUCCACUCCUGUUUCUUAGGUUUAUUUUGUUUUCUAUUGGUUCAUUUUUAUUUUUUGUCUCUUUUUUGUUGUUGUUUUUAUGUUCAUUUCUGUUGAGUACAAAAAUACUAAAGUGCAACAACGAUUAAAAAGAAUAUCAACCAAACUGAGAUGAAUAAAUAAAUAUAUAUAAAUAAAGAAAUAAUUUAAAAAGUU